AGAGAAAACUGCAUUGCUGGCAACCCUGCUGCACGUAAGCCAGAAGCUUGCCUCAUGAAGGGUUCCUCGUUCCUCUUUUCCUCAACAUGGCGGAUGUAAAGAAAGCGCCCGAGAAAAGAGUCGGGAAGAAAACCGACAAGAAGGUGAAGAAGGAGCCGAAGGAUGCGUCUAAGAACAUAAUGCGUGAAGUCAAAAUCCGGAAAUUAUGCCUGAACAUUUGCGUGGGCGAAUCCGGUGAUAGACUAACGCGUGCUGCCAAGGUUCUGGAACAACUGACCGGUCAGCAGCCAGUCUUUUCCAAGGCGCGGUACACGGUACGUUCGUUCGGUAUUCGUCGUAAUGAAAAGAUCGCUGUACAUUGCACUGUACGUGGCGCGAAAGCUGAGGAGAUUCUGGAACGCGGCUUGAAGGUGCGCGAAUACGAAUUGAAAAAGGACAACUUUUCUUGCACUGGCAAUUUUGGUUUUGGUAUUCAAGAGCACAUUGACCUGGGAAUUAAGUAUGAUCCCAGUAUUGGUAUAUACGGUUUAGACUUCUACGUUGUACUCGGACGUCCCGGAUUCAACGUAGCCCACAGAAGAAGAAAAACUGGUAAGGUCGGUUUUCAACAUCGACUUACCAAAGAAGACGCUAUUAAAUGGUUCCAACAAAAAUACGAUGGUAUUAUCAUAACAGGAAGGAAGUGAUUCCAUAUGUAUUUUGUACUAUAUGACUUAGUAAAUAAUUAUAAAAAAAAAUUGUUUAGCGAUACAUCUAAACCUUGUAUCACGAUACUUCCGCGCUAUCCACUCUGCACAUAUAAUCUAUGGAGAUCUGCGUAAUUUUGGAAUGAGGAAAAAAUAAUAUAAAGCUUU